AUGGCGGCCUGCGGCGAGCAGCCGGAGGAGCAGGAGGAGCCGGAGGAGGAGGAAGCAGAGGAGAAUGCCGAGAGUGACUUGGAGUCUACAAACGGCGAUGAUGAUCGCGACUUCGACGAGGGUGACGACACCGCUCAGAAAUCUGUCUCAGGCUUGAUGGUGGCAUCCGGAACGAAGUUGCGGUGCAACUGGGUUGACCCAUCGAAAGAAGAGCAGUUGAUGCAAUCUUGGAAGAGGGUCAAAGUUGAUCCAGUGGAAUUGGAGGACAGCGAGAAGGGCGCUUUGGCUCAGCUGCUCGCGUCUUCCAAGACCUGCGAGCGAUUGCAGCUGAUUGGCCCCCAGCAUCCCGACCUCGCCGUUAGAGAGAAGUGGCCGGAAGUUCCAGAGCGUCAUGUUAGCAUCUUAAGGGCAGUCUCGGAAGCUCUGAUGAGUCGAUUGAUAGUGCUGCGUGUCGAUAACUUCCCGGGCUCCGGGGAUCCCGUCUUCGGCACCAAGCACGAGCUUCCGGGCCCCGGACCUCUUCGGAAAGCUUGCGGAGGCCUUCCAGGGCGGGAGCCCAAGGCUCAAGAAGCUGACGCUGCAAGGUGGCUUUCACUCAGCCUCGUCAGUUUGCCGCUUCUUGCAGGUGGUGAAGCCGGAGCUCGAAUCCUUCCGCUGCCGGGGAUGCCUCUUUCACGGCCGCAACUUCGAGAUGCUGGUGAGGGCCUUGAGCAGCAGCAGCCAGAAAACGCUCGUGGAGUUUGA